AUGAAAAUUUUACUAUUUUUAAUUAUUUUAUCAUUUUUAAAUUAUAUAAAUUGUUUACCUGAUGAUCAUGAAGAACUUCUUCCAGGUAUUGGUACUUUAAAAAUUCUUCCUUUAAAGAAAAAUAAAACAUUAAUGAUAAAAAAAAUACAAAGAAUUGGUCCAAAAUUUGUUAUAAAAAUUCCAGAAAAUAUGUAUUAUAGACCAAAAUCUUUAAGAAUUACUAGUCAAACAAUUUAUUCUUCAAAAUUGACAACAUUUAAACCAGAAAUAAUUACAACAAAUAACAAUGAAAUUCCACCAUCUGCAAAAAUAUCUAAUAUUAAAAAUGAAAAAUCAUUAACAUUAAAAGAAAUUGCAAUAGUGACAUGUAAAAAAAUUGAUACUUAUAGAAAUAUAUAUAAUGUUAAUGAUAUUCAAAUAUUCGCCAGAGACAAUUGUUUUCUUAUACAAAUAUACUAUCCAGAUGUCUCAUGCCAUGAUAUCAAAGAAAUAGUUGAUUAUUGUGUAGAAAAAAAUUUUUUUAAAGAAAAAUAA